GGGGAGCUUUCGUCUUGGGUUUCAGCAGGACGAUCAAGUUAUAUCUACAUCUGGAUAUAUCUGAGGUAAGACAGGGAAAUGCUAAAAGGUAUCAUGAUAAUAUUAGGAGGAGAAAGAGUGGAAGGCGUAGGAGAGAAAGAGAACUUAUCGUUAGAAAAGGAUGGAGAAUAGCUAAUGUCGCAUUACCUUGCCAACCGCAAUAGCACGUAGGUCGUUUGCUUAGCCCCUAUGAAGAAAAAAUAUAAGUGGAAAAUUAGAAAAUAAAAGACUCGAAAAAAAAAAGAAGAAAAAAAUCCGCCAAAUAAAAAAAAAAAAAAUCGACCAAAUACUAAAAGGCUGUCAAUCAAAAAAGAAUCAUCAUGACCGAGGCCGACGAGGAGGCAAGGAAACGGAGGGAAGAAUGCGAGCGAAAAGCGCGACGCGGGGAGAUGGACCCCAGAUUGGAAUUCGCAUUUCAGCUUCUAAUGGACGCCACCGGACUUCCUAGAAACGAAGUAAUGGACCACGUCUUCGACGGCGAUAUGCUGGACGAAAUCAAUCACCUGUUUCAACCGCACAUGAGAUCCACUCUGGUCUGGUUUUACCAAGAAGUCGAAGAACUGGAACCCCAACCCUCCACCGAAACGGGCCCAGUGAAAGCCGGUGGCCCAAGAAACACGCAAGCGGCUUCUGCACCGAAACCCAAGGAAUCCAAAGAACCGCCGAAAAAAAAAUUGUUUCUCACCGACGGGUGGCAAUUGGCCUGCACCGGUAUUUGCAUCUACAUGUUUCGCAUCAACACCGCGAAACAACUUCCCGAAGAAGGUUUUCACAGAGAUCUUUACACCGGUGUUAUCGAUGCCACGACCGUUGGGGUUGUUCCCUCGAUUCAGCGAAUUGUGGAACAAGUUUUCAUGGACGCUUUGGCUCAUCCCGGAAUGGAAGAUGAAGACGAUUGUCCGAUGAUCAAGAGUUUGUUGCUUCCCGGUCUCAGGUCGUUUUGCAGCGCUUUGAAAGUGUGCGAAGAGGUUGCGAUCGAGGGAAGCAUCUUCGAGGAUGGUAAAACGCUGAUGGGGGACGUUCGCAAUUUCGAAGAAGCCAAAACUUAUCUAGCGAACGACGGCGCCCUGGAUCAAGUCGAACUCAGAGUAAAAUCUUGGAUCAAAAAGCUCAGGGAUUUCAUGCUGGAGAGCAGGCAAGUGAGGAGAGAAAGUGACAAUUCCGGACCCCAGCAAGAACUGGAAUACUGGAAACGGAGAGGCGCGCAGUUUAGUCAAUUGUGCAGACGGUUGCAGGAACACGAAGUGAGGAUGUCCCUACUCUGUCUUCAAGUUGCCCGAUCGAAAACGGUUAAGGAUUGGGUGGAUGCGGAGGACGAGGUCACUUACUGCUACAACGAAUCCAAAGACAACGCGAAGUAUAUUCAAGCCAUGGAGAAAUGUUGUCAUUGCUUGUACCUCGACGAUCCGGUGAAAAUGCGAGAUUCGCUCAUAUCCUUGCUGCAAACUGUUCGACUGAUCUACAGCGUAUCUCGAUACUACAACACGUCCGAGAGGACCAGUUCUCUCAUGGUCAAGAUAACUAAUCAAAUGAUCGCGGCGUGUAGGGAAUACGUGACUAAGAGAGGGCGGGAUACCGUUUGGGGGCAGGAGAGAGCGACGGCCAGAUCAAAGCUCAAACACUGUCUGCGAUUGAACAAAGCGUACAGAGAAACUUACAGAUUGGUGAGAUGUUCGCCCGCCGUUACGGAAGAAGAAUUUCGAUUUUCCGAGACCCACGUUUUCGGAAGAUUCGACUCGUUCUGCGCGAGGAUAAGGAAAAUACUGACCAUGUUCGACCUGAUCGAAGAUUACCAGAGAUUGUUCGAACGACGGAUGGAGGGACUUCUUCUCGGGGAAUCACUCGACGAGGCGAUGAAAACGUUCGAGGAAGCAAAGAAACUUGCCACCAGUAAAUCGUACGAUUAUUUAGACCCGAGAAAUACGGAUUUCGAUGUCGAUUACGACGCGUUUAUGGCUAAGACGGACGUCCUCAAGGAAAGUAUCGGGGAUAUAAUCGAAAAAAAUUACUCCGACGUGUGGGAAACGCCACAGGGUAUAAGAUUUCUAACGAGAUUUGAAAAGGUCAGCGAGAAAAUUCCACUGACAAAAUUGGAUGAAAAAUACAUUCUGGUCGUUCGCUACUGCGACAAGGAGAUAGAAAGGACUCUGAAAUUAUUCAAACGUCAGAGGGACGAUCCUCCACUUCCGAGACACAUGCCACCCAUCGCUGGUCGAUUAACUUGGGCAAAAUCUUUGAAAGUGCAUCUGGACGAUCUUGCAGCUUCCGUAUCCAGUCACCCGGUCCUAAAAGCCUUACCACUGACGGUUGAUCUGGUAAGAAGAUAUAAUCAUGCCGUUGCCGCACUGUUGCAAUAUCAGGCAGACAUCGCGGAGGUUUGGACGCACCAAAACUCCUGGGUUAUCGAGGACUGUUUGAAAAAGCCACUUUUGACAAUCGACCAAGAGUCGCGCAAAGUACGAGUGAAUCUGGAGAACCGGAUAACAUUGCUUCUCCGAGAGGCGGAUUGCCUCGCGAAAUUAAAUCUGGAAAUUCCUAUAGUAGCGCUAGCAAUUCUAUCGAAACGUGAUCACUUCACAUUGGUAACGGAUUCGCUGCAAUCUAUCAUAGAAGAUUUUGUGAGCACCGCUCGUCGAGUCAAACUCGAAGUCAGACCUCUUCUGUUACCCCACUUGGUGAGAGUGGCGUCUCUUUUAGGACCUGGAUUGCUUUCGCUGACAUGGACGAACCCUUUGUGGAAAGAUUUCUGCGAAAAUACGAGAGAGGAAAUAAAAACUUUCGACGUAUUGAUCACCAGAGUCCACGACGUGUAUACCAAUAGAAUCCUUCAAGUACUGGCCAGUAUGCAAAAAAUCAGUCUUCACGCCCUGCCGGAGGAGGAGCCAUGGGGUGUCGAUGAUUUCGUGGAAAGAACCGAAGAAUCUUGCAGAAGCGCAGCCAUCGAUCUUCAUCGCAAGAGUCUUAUGGUCGAAGAAGCUGUCGAAGAGGUACUCGAACUCGUCAGAAACGCGGCGACCAGUUUCAAAAGCACAGCUGAAGCUGAUCAGUUCGACUUCCUCAACCGCGAAGACCAAGAGGGGCAAGACGGAUCCGAAGACAGCGGUCAGCAACAACAGCAGGACUGGUCGGUAGUGUGGGCGUGCUUCGACAACCCCCAUCAGCUGCUGGCAACCCCUGGAGGAGGUCUGUCGAAAGGUAUGCAGGAAAUGGUGCGGAAUGCGGUAUCCGAAAUGCGGAGAUACUACUCGAGGAAGGUGGUCGACGUGCUGAUCAAGGUCACGAGAACUUCCCUCGACGCAUUGAGGAAAAGAUUCAUUCAGGAAACGGACAGUGAGGAAGCGCCUCAUCCUGUGUUUCUGCUUCAUGCCACCCUCGUCAUACCCGCGGUCACGGUCAGACCGAAUCUCGAACAAGUUCAAGAAGCUUUGACGACGGCUGGUAAAUGUAUCGCUGGCGUUGCCAGAGGCGUAGCUCAAUGGAACGCUGGGAGAAGCAAGACCUCAUGGCGAGGUCUACCAGGGAUGCCUAAAAGAAAUUUAUUUCACGUCGUCGCGCGGGCUGAACAGGUGAUCGCCGAAUACCAGACCCGAGAAACGGAGGAUCCAAGAGCCAGAAGAAGACGUCUCUACAAAGUCGAGUCGGAAGAAAAACCGGCCUUUCCCGUACAGCAGAGAAAUUUUCACGACAUGGUCAUGGAGAACAAAGAAGUUGUCAAAAUGCUAUCUCUGCUGAGCUCGUGUACCCAAGAAUUGAGACAGGAUUUAACCGGAUUUCUCGAUCGCUGGAAACCGUACAAGUUUCUAUGGAAGAACGAAAGAACUGUUCGUGAAUUACUGCAGAUCACUCUACCGGAAUUUGAAACCACUCUUAGGAGACACGGCGAACUCGAAGACAGACUUGCGACCGAACCAGAUAUGGUCAUUUUUGGUACAUCGAUCGCCGUUUCUACGGAUAAAUUGAAGUACGGUCUUUACACGGAAAUUAAAGGAUCUACCCAUAAAAUCGGCCAAGCGAUGAAGAAAAAGUAUCGACGCGAAAUGGAAUACGUUUACGCCGUGAUGCAUGAGAUGGAACGUAAACUUGACCGUCAAAUUCGUGACCUGGACGACGUGAGAUUAAUCAUGGAAACGCUGAAGAAGAUUCGCGAGCAGGAGGUGGACAUGGAAUUGAAAAUAGAUCCGAUAGAAGAGGCGUUCAAUAUCGUCACUCGUUACGAGGUUCCCGUCGACAGGGAGUGUUUGGAGCAAGUCGACAACUUGAGAUACACGUGGCAACAGCUUCAAGGAAGAGCGUUGGACAGCCACGUUUUACUGCUCACGUUGCAGCCGCAAUUCGAAGACGAGUUGAGAAAUAAUUUGGAAAAAUUCCGUACCGACAACGAGUCUUAUUGCGAAGAAUACAGACAUUCCGGACCAAUGCAAGCCGGACUCACCCCCAGAGAAGCUUCGGACAGGCAAAUUUUAUUCCAGAAUCGAUUCGACGGAAUGUGGAGAAAAUUGCAGACCUACCAGAACGGUGAGGAACUCUUUGGCUUGCCCACCACCGAUUAUCCGGAACUUUCGCAGAUCAGGAAAGAAUUGAAUCUACUUCAGAAAUUGUAUAAAUUGUACAACGACGUUAUCGACAGGGUUAGCGGAUACUACGACAUACCAUGGGGUGAGGUCAACAUCGAGGAGAUCAACAACGAGUUGAUGGAGUUUCAAAAUCGUUGUCGAAAGUUACCCAAGGGGUUGAAAGAGUGGCCGGCAUUUUUCGCGUUGAAAAAAACUAUAGACGAUUUCAACGAUAUGUGCCCGCUACUAGAACUCAUGGCGAACAAGGCAAUGAAACCGAGACAUUGGCAGCGAAUCGUGGAGGUCACAGGUCACACAUUCGAUUUAGACAGCGAAGGAUUCUGCCUGAAGAACAUACUCGAAGCUCCGCUGCUCAAGUACAAAGAGGAUAUCGAGGAUAUUUGUAUAUCCGCAAUGAAGGAAAAGGACAUAGAAGCAAAAUUACGACAAGUAGUAAACGAGUGGUCCGCUCACGAGCUCACCUUCAUGACCUUCAAUAACAGAGGCGAGUUAUUACUGAGGGGAGACACGACCGCGGAAACUAUCGGACAGUUGGAAGACAGCCUGAUGGUGCUCGGUUCUCUUAUGUCGAAUCGUUACAACGCACCGUUUCGCAAGCAGAUACAGCAAUGGGUUUCCGAUCUUUCGAAUACAAACGAGAUUUUGGAACGUUGGUUGCUCGUGCAGAACAUGUGGGUAUAUUUAGAGGCGGUAUUCGUCGGCGGCGAUAUAGCUAAGCAGCUGCCCAAGGAGGCCAAAAGAUUCAGUAAAAUUGACAAAAGCUGGCAAAAAAUAAUGCAGAGAGCGCACGAGACACCGGGCGUCGUUCCCUGCUGCGUAGGGGACGAUUUGCUCAAACAACUUCUCCCGCAUCUGCAGGAACAGCUGGAACUGUGUCAGAAAUCGCUCAGCGGGUACUUGGAAAAAAAGCGCAUGAUGUUUCCGAGGUUCUUCUUCGUCUCUGAUCCGGCUCUUCUCGAAAUUUUGGGCCAGGCUUCGGAUUCUCACACGAUACAGAAUCACCUUUUAUCUAUAUUCGAUAACACGAGGUAUGUCAGAUUUCAUGACAUCGAGUACAACAAGAUGACAGCGAUCAUCUCGACGGAAGGUGAAUCUAUCGCACUUGAAAGAGCGGUUCGAGCCGAAGGUUCGGUUGAAACUUGGCUGAUGCAGCUUCUCGUGACAUCCCAACAGUCGUUGCAUUCCAUAAUUCGUUCAGGUCACGCUAUGAUAAAUGACCAAAAUUUCAACCUCUUGAGUUUUCUCGACAAGAUGCCAGCCCAGGUCGGAAUACUAGGUAUUCAAAUGGUCUGGACCAGAGACGCUGAACUCGCAUUGAUGCAGGCUAGGGCCGAUAAAAAAAUUAUGGGUGAGACGAACAAUAGAUUCUUAGAACUCCUCAACACUCUCAUCGAUCAGACUACGAGGGAUCUCACAAAAAUUGACAGGAUAAAAUUCGAAACUCUGAUCACCAUCCAUGUCCAUCAACGAGACAUCUUCGAUAUUUUGUGCCGAAUGAACGUGAGAUCGGUGAACGAUUUCGAAUGGCUGAAGCAGUGUCGAUUUUAUUUCAAAGAAGAUCUGGACAAGACAUCGAUAUUCAUCACCGACGUACAAUUCACUUACCAAAACGAGUACCUUGGCUGUACGGAACGACUGGUCAUCACUCCGUUAACGGACAGGUGCUACAUAACUUUGGCUCAAGCGUUAUCCAUGUCGAUGGGUGGUUCCCCUUGCGGCCCAGCAGGAACCGGGAAAACAGAGACGGUUAAAGAUAUGGGCAAAACGUUGGCGAAGUACGUGGUAGUAUUUAAUUGUUCCGAUCAAAUGGAUUACCGAGGUCUAGGUCGUAUCUACAAAGGCCUAUCGCAGAGCGGUUCUUGGGGAUGUUUUGACGAAUUCAACAGAAUCGAAUUGCCAGUUUUAUCGGUCGCGGCGCAGCAAGUCGCGGUUGUAUUGGCCGCGAAAAAGGAGAAGAAAAAACAGUUCGUCUUCACAGACGGUGACCAGAUCGACAUGUGCCCAGAACUUGGGAUUUUCAUCACUAUGAACCCGGGCUACGCAGGUCGCAAGGAACUGCCUGAAAAUUUGAAAAUUCAAUUUCGUACCGUCGCCAUGAUGGUCCCUGAUCGGCAAAUUAUUAUCAGGGUGAAAUUAGCCAGCUGUGGUUUUCUUGAAAAUAUAACUCUGGCCCGUAAAUUUUACACGUUGUACAAAUUGUGCGAGGAACAACUGACCAAACAGGUACACUACGAUUUCGGACUGAGAAAUAUUCUCUCAGUUUUGAGGACACUCGGAGCGUCGAAAAGAGUGAAUUCAAAGGACUCCGAGAGCACCAUUGUGAUGCGGGUGCUCAGAGACAUGAAUCUUUCGAAGCUGAUCGAUGAAGACGAGCCUUUGUUCAUAUCUCUGGUGGCAGAUUUAUUUCCAAAUCAAGCACUCGAAAAAACUGCCUAUCCCCACUUGGAAACAGCGAUCGAUCAACAGGUUCAGGAAGCCGGUUUGGUGUACCACCCACCCUGGGUAUUGAAAUUGAUUCAACUAUACGAGACACAGAGAGUACGACACGGAAUUAUGACCUUAGGUCCAACCGGGGCGGGGAAAACGACCUGCAUUCACACUCUCAUGAAGGCUUUGACUCAAUGCGGAGACGCGCACAGGGAGAUGAGAAUGAAUCCAAAGAGUAUAACAGCCGCCCAAAUGUUCGGUCGCUUGGACGUAGCAACCAACGAUUGGACGGACGGAAUAUUUUCCGCUUUAUGGCGUAAGACAUUGAAAUUGAAAAAGGGGGAGCACGUCUGGCUCGUUUUGGACGGUCCGGUAGACAGCAUUUGGAUAGAAAAUUUGAACUCUGUACUCGACGAUAACAAAACAUUGACCCUGGCCAACGGCGAUCGACUGGCAAUGGCGCCUACUUGUAAAAUAAUAUUCGAACCCCAUAACAUCGACAACGCGAGUCCGGCAACGGUAUCGAGAAACGGAAUGGUCUACAUGAGUUCAUCCGGUUUGGAUUGGAAGCCAGUCGUAGUCGCUUGGCUCAAGAGUCGUACCCCUUUGGAAGAAGAAGUCUUCAACGACAUGUUCGAUCAAUCAUUUUCACAGAUGUACGGUUGGGGUACCCAGAAUUUAGUAUUCUCGAUGAGAAUCCUCCAGUGCAACGUCGUGCGACAGAUGUUGUGUCUUCUGGAGGGCCUGGUGCCCCCGGAAGUACCGGUCGAAGAGGACGAGGAUGACGAGGACAUCGAAAGGGACAAACCGCAGCCCAUGUCAGCGGAACAUCUGAAGCGUUUUUACAUAUUCGCGCUGAUAUGGGGACUCGGUGCUUUUCUUGAAACCGCCGAUAGAAUAAAAUACGACGAAUACAUGAGAGCCAAUUUAACGGAAUUCGAUCUACCGACAUCGGAAAAAUAUCCUAAGGCAACGGUUUUCGAUUUCGUUGUAAAUGACAAGGGAAAAUGGGACCCUUGGGCUACCUUGGUCAUGAAUUACUCCUACCCAGACUACGCCACGCCGGAUUACAGCAAUAUUUUGGUACCGAUUCAGGAUAACGUGAGAAUCCAAUACCUCGUCGACCUCAUAGGGAGACAAGAUAGAUCGGUUCUAUUGAUCGGUGAACAAGGUUCCGCAAAAACCGUAAUGAUGAAAUCUUACAUGAAGAGAGCUAAUGCAGAAACAACGUUGGGUCGUUCUUUCAACUUCAGUUCCGCUACGACGCCGUAUCAGUUCCAAAAAACCAUAGAAAGCUACGUCGAAAAACGUCUCGGCAAUACCUUCGGUCCACCAGGUGGAAAAAAGAUGCUCGUAUUUGUCGACGACGUCAAUUUACCCCAAAUAAACGAAUGGGGUGAUCAAAUAACGAACGAAAUCGUCCGACAAACGAUGGAUAUGAAGGGCUUUUACUCUCUGGAAAAACCUGGGGAAUUCACGACGAUCGUUGACGUAACAUUUCUGGCUGCUAUGGGACAACCGGGGGGAGGAAGAAACGACAUUCCUUCACGUCUCAAGAGACAGUUCUGUAUUUUUAAUUGCACGAUUCCGAACGACGCGUCUAUCGAUAGAAUUUUCAGCGUCCUCGGAGAGGGUCAUUAUAACACGAAAAGAGGAUUUUCAGCUGAAGUCAGAAGCCUUAUAAAAAAAAUGGUCCCUCUCACCAGGGGACUUUGGCAGAGAACAAGAGCUAAAUUGUUACCUACCCCGGCGAAGUUUCAUUACGUGUUCAGCUUGAGAGAUUUGUCCAGAAUUUGGCAAGGAAUGGUCGGGACGUUGUCGACUGUAAUUGAGAACGAGAGUGUUCUUAUGCUACUUUGGAAGCACGAAUGCAGCAGAGUAUUCAGCGAUAGAUUUACACUGCAGUCCGACAAAGAAUGGUUCGAUGAGGAAUUGGUUACUACGGUUGGUGAAAUUUUGGGACCCAAUUACGUUCCCAUGAUCAAAGACAACCCUGUAUUCGUUGAUUUUAUGAGAGAUGCUCCGGAACCGACUGGAGAAGAAGGGGAAGAUGCUGACAUGGAGUUGCCAAAAGUUUACGAGCCCGUGAGCGAGCACCAAAUUCUCAGGGAUAGAUUAGAAAUGUUUUUGGCACAGUUUAAUGAAAUGCAGAGAGGGGCGGGCAUGGAUUUGGUAUUUUUCCCGGACGCGAUGCUUCAUCUGGUUAAAAUCUCGAGAGUAAUAAGGCAUCCAAGAGGGAACGUGAUGUUAGUCGGCGUCGGUGGUUCGGGAAAACAAAGCUUAACGAAAUUAUCGUCCUUCAUCGCGGGGUACAAGACGUUUCAAAUAACCUUGACUCGGUCUUACAACGUAACAAACUUCCUCGAAGACCUGAAAUUUCUUUAUCGCUCCUGUGGAUCUCAGGGGAAAGGCACUACAUUUAUUUUCACUGACUUGGAUAUAAAAGAAGAAGGCUUCCUCGAAUACCUCAACAACGUUCUGAGCUCUGGUGUGAUAAGUAAUCUUUUCACGAGGGAUGAACAGGCGGAAAUAAUAUCGGAAUUGACACCCGCGCUGAAGCGGGAAAACCCAAAAAGGACACUCAACAAUGAAUUAGUUAUGGAAUACUUCCUCCAAAGAACUUGCCAGAACCUCCACGUAGUAUUUUGUUUCUCUCCCGUAGGAGAAAAAUUCCGAAACAGAGCUCUCAGAUUCCCAGCUCUUAUAUCAGGAUGCACAAUUGACUGGUUUCAGCCUUGGCCGAGGGACGCUUUGGUUUUAGUGGCGGAGCACUUUUUACACGAUUUUGAAAUCGCUUGUACCGACCAUGUUAAAAUGCAAUUGGUCAAUGCUUUGGGUUCCAUACAAGAUGUGGUUGCGGAGAAUUCAACCGAAUAUUUCCAAAGAUUCAGGCGCGCGACUCACGUGACUCCGAAAUCAUACCUAAAUUUUAUCGGGGGAUACAAAAAUAUUUAUCAAAUGAAACAGCACGAGCUUGGAGAAGGUGCCAAAAGGAUGGACACCGGCUUGGCAAAGUUGGAGGAAGCCUCAGUGUCCGUAGAACUUUUGAAGCAAGAAUUGGCUGUCAUGGAACAGGAAUUAGCUGUUGCAUCUCAGAAGGCGGAGACGGUGCUUUUGGAAGUUACGGAACGAGCGAUGCAAGCUGAGACUUUCAAAAACCAGGUACAGAAGGUCAAAGAAAAGGCGGAAGCACUCGUCGCUUGCAUCGCAGAGGAGAAAGCUGUGGCUGAGCAAAAACUUGAGGCCGCCAAACCGGCGUUAGAAGAAGCAGAAGCAGCUUUGAAUACCAUAAAACCGGCGCACAUAGCUACCGUUCGAAAAUUAGGUCGUCCACCUCAUCUGAUCAUGAGGAUUAUGGACUGUGUUUUAAUUUUAUUUCAACGUAAAAUCGGCUCUGUUGUACCCGACACAACGGCUCAGUGUCCGAAACCAUCGUGGGCGGAGUCUUUGAAAAUGAUGGCGAGCACAACAUUUUUACUUCAGUUACAAAAUUACCCAAAAGAUAUAAUUAAUAAUGAAAUGGUCGAGCUUUUACAACCCUAUUUUAAAAUGGAAGACUACAAUAUGGAAACCGCGCGAAGAGUUUGCGGCGACGUGGCCGGACUUUUAUCUUGGACGAAAGCAAUGUCCUUUUUUCACUCGGUAAACAAAGAGGUCCUCCCUUUGAAGGCGAACUUGACCUUGCUCGAAGCCAGGCUCAAAGUAGCCAUGGAAGAUCUUGCGAACGCUGAAAGAGAGCUUUCUGAAAGAGAAAUGGCGCUUCAAGCGGUGAAGGAACAAUAUGAUGCGGCGGUAUCUGAGAAACAACGACUAACGGACGCUGCUAACGUCUGUUUGAGAAAAAUGACCGCUGCAACGGCAUUGAUAAACGGUCUAGGGGGUGAAAAAAUUCGCUGGACGCAACAAAGUAGAGAAUUUAAAGACCAGCUCGGCCGAUUAGUUGGCGACGUUCUUCUGGCAACUGGUUUUCUUUCUUACUGUGGUCCUUAUAAUCAGCAAUACAGAGGUGGAUUGGUUACUUCUUGGAUGGAAAUUCUGACUACUCGAACUAUCCCUUUUACCAAGGAAUUGAAUAUAACAAAUAUGCUCGUCGAUUCAGCUACCGUUUCCGAAUGGACUCUACAAGGUCUUCCAAAUGACGAAUUGUCUGUUCAAAAUGCCCUGAUAGUUACGAAAUCCUCAUCUUAUCCUCUUUUGGUGGAUCCACAGAACCAAGGAAAAAUGUGGAUCAAGAAUAAAGAGGCUUCCAAUGAGUUGCAGAUUACAUCAUUGAAUCACAAAUAUUUCAGGACCCAUUUAGAGGAUAGUUUAUCCCUGGGAAGACCUUUGCUGAUCGAGGAUGUCGCUGAGGAAUUGGAUCCUGUUAUAGAUAAUGUUUUGGAGAAGAAUUUCAUAAAGUCUGGUUCAAUUGAGAAGGUCAUUGUGGGUGAUAAGGAAUGCGACGUCAUGCCGGGAUUUAUGCUGUACAUCACCACGAAAUUACCCAACCCGGCAUACAGCCCGGAAAUAUCUGCCAAGACUUCUAUAAUCGAUUUCACCGUUACAAUGCAGGGACUUGAAGACCAGCUUCUCGGUAGAGUAAUUUUAAUGGAGAAGGCCGAUUUGGAAGCUGAAAGAGUUGCGCUUUUUGAAUCGGUUAUGACCAAUCAAAGGUCCAUGAAAGAACUGGAAAGCACUUUGCUGCACAGAUUGACUUCUUCGGAAGGAUCGCUCGUGGAUGAUGAGGCCUUGAUUAGAGUUUUGCAGGAGACGAAAUCUACCGCGGAAUCAGUGAGUGAAAAACUUCAGGUAGCCGCACUUACGGAAAGAAAGAUAACUGUAGCGCGAGAAGAGUUUCGCGCGGUAGCGGCGAGAGGUUCGAUUUUAUAUUUUCUCAUAGUGGAAAUGAGCGAUGUCAACGUCAUGUAUCAAAAUUCACUGAAACAAUUUCUCACAAUUUUCGAUAACUCGAUAACGAAAUCCACCAAAAGUACGAUAACUGCUGAAAGGAUUGACAUUAUUCUGAGACACCUGACCCUGGAAGUCUGGGGGUUCACGUUGAGGAGUUUGUACGAAAGGCACAAGGCAUUGUUUACGCUUAUGCUCGCGAUGAAAAUAGACUGUCAAAGAGGGGCAAUAUCCCACGCUGAAUCCAUGGCGUUUAUCAAGGGUGGAGCAUCUCUGGAUUUGAAUGCGGUCGCUCCUAAACCAUUCAAAUGGAUACUGGAUAUAACGUGGUUGAAUUUAGUGGAGAUUAAUAAGCUCGAGGUAUUCUCUGAGGUCCUGACAAAAAUUGAAUUCAAUGAAAAAGAAUGGCGGCAGUGGUACGAGAAAGAAAAACCAGAAGAAGAGGAACUGCCUUGUGGGUACCAGAAGACCCUGGAUGUAUUCAGAAAACUGCUUUUGGUAAGAUCCUGGAGUCCGGACAGGACGCUUUCACAGGCAAAAAAAUAUAUCGUCGAAUCCCUCGGAAAAGAAUACGGCGAAGCUAGGAUUCUCGAUUUAGAAACUACUUGGUCAGAAUCGGAACCAAGAACCCCUCUGAUUUGCAUAUUGUCAAUUGGAUCCGAUCCCAGUCCGCAAAUUACUGCUUUGGCUAAACAAAUGGAUGUUCAACUGAGAUCCGUGUCCAUGGGUCAAGGUCAGGAGUUUCACUCCCGUAAGAUGAUCAGUGACGCAAUGAGCACAGGAGGCUGGGUCCUUUUACAGAAUAUUCAUUUAUCUCUUCCGUUCUGCACAGAAGCGAUGGACGCUCUAGUUGAAACCGAGAACAUUCACGAAUCUUUCAGACUUUGGAUGACCACAGAAGUUCACGCUCAGUUCCCGAUCGGUUUGCUGCAGAUGGCGAUCAAGUUUACAAAUGAACCACCGCAGGGAAUCAGAGCAAGUUUAAAGAGAACGUAUCAAGGUGUAACUCAAGACGCUCUGGACUACAGCACUCAAGGUCAAUGGCCGCCUCUGCUUUAUGCCGUGGCAUUUUUGCACACCGUAGUACAGGAACGAAGAAAAUUUGGUCCUCUCGGAUGGAACGUACCCUACGAAUUUAAUCAAGCUGAUUUCGCUGCUUCGGUUCAGUUCAUACAAAACCAUUUGGAUGAUAUGGAUCCAAAAAAAGGAGUAUCCUGGCCGACGGUUUGCUACAUGCUCGGCGAGGUCCAAUACGGUGGUAGGGUCACCGACGAUUUUGACAAACGUUUGUUAACAACUUUUACCCAUGUUUGGUUCUGCGAUGUUUUACUGCGGCCUGGCUUUGAAUUUUAUCAUGGCUACCGGGUGCCACAAACGCGAAAUCUUCAAGGAUAUAUCGACUACAUUAACAGUUUGCCAGCCACCGAUACUCCGGAAGUCUUCGGUCUCCAUUCAAACGCUGAUAUAACGUAUCAAAUAAACACGGCUAAAGGAAUAUUAGACACUAUUUUAAACGUUCAGCCAAAAGAAGGCGGUGCUCAGGGUGGAGAAACCAGAGAAAGCGUUGUUUACAGACUUGCUGAUGACAUGCUGACCAAACUACCACCUCAAUAUAACGCCUUUGAAGUCAAAGAAGCUUUACAAAGAAUGGGUGCUCUUCUGCCUAUGAAUAUUUUUUUGCGGCAAGAGAUUGACAGAAUUUCUCGCGUGAUUGAAGAGGUUCAGUCCACGCUUAGCGACCUAAAAUUAGCCAUCGACGGAACAAUUGUCAUGAGUCAAGGUCUUCGGGCGUCUCUAGACGCCAUGUACGAUGCACGUAUUCCUGAAAAAUGGCAGAAAAUAUCAUGGGAAUCUGCGACUCUUGGAUUUUGGUAUACCGAAUUAUUGGAAAGAGAUGGUCAGUUUAGACAUUGGUGUGCGAACGGAAGACCGAACGCUUUUUGGAUGACGGGAUUCUUCAAUCCUCAAGGUUUCCUUACAGCCAUGCGACAGGAGGUGACUAGAGCCCAUAAGGGCUGGGCUCUUGACUCGGUAGUUCUUCAGAACCUUCUGACUCGUCACAAUAAAGAAGACAUCAAAGAGCCACCUCAAGAGGGUGUUUAUGUUCAUGGUUUAUUUCUGGAAGGCGCAUCUCUGGAUCGUAAGUCGGGAAAGUUGGUAGAGAGCAAACCCAAAGUUCUUUACGAACAGAUGCCUGUGAUCUACAUAUACGCAAUAAAUACCACGGCGGGUAAGGAUCCGACGCUCUACGAGUGCCCAAUUUAUAGAAAACCUCAAAGAACUGAUCAGAAGUACGUUGGAUCGAUCGAUUUUGAGACUGAUCACAAUCCCAGGCAUUGGACGCUGAGAGGUGUAGCGUUACUUUGCGACAUUAAAUAAGUAGGUGUGUUGUUAUUGCUGAUGUUUUUUAGCAAGGUAGAUCGGUAAAUAAAUUAUUGCGAGGUGUAAGGUGCAAGUAAUAAGUCCUAAUGCUGUUGAGUAAACUAUAUUUUCAUGCUGAAAGAGAGCGAAUAUUUAAAAAUAAUAACAAAAAGCAUAAUAAAAUUUCGGUCUCGCUAUAAAUAUCUCCCAGGUAACAAUAAUUAACAUGUAACAAUUUUUCUUGAGCCGUUGGUAUUCUGAAGAACCUGUAUAAUUUACAAUAAAAGUAAUUCUACUCA